AUGGCAGAGGCCGCCGCGCUUGCUCAGCAAGUUUCAUUAAUGUUCACCGAACACGCUGAACUACGAAAAAGUAACGCGGCACAAAAGAAAGAGAUAGAGAACCUCCAAGCCCAGACCGACUUCUACGCCAACGAAGCAGAGAUGCUCAGAGACCUUCGUAUUCUCUACGAAUCCAAGCUCGAACAGAAAGACUCUGAGAUUUUGGGCCUACAUGUCCUCCUCGACAAGGUAAAGGUCGAUGCCGAUAUCUGUAGGGACGAUCUGAGCGGGUUGCGCAAGCAGCUCAAGGACCUGCAAGCCAAGUAUGAGGCAAGCCAGAAACAAGUUCGCGAUGGUGAGACAAAGAUUGCCCGCCGCAAUUUCCAAGUCUCCAAUCUUAUUUGUGCCCUGCGUCGCAAAAUUUCUGCCAACCGCAUCUCCGUCGUUGCUCUUCGCGCUGCGUACAAGGUUAUUCCAAGCUUGGAGCAGAAAGCUCGCUGCAUGAGGGUUCUUUCUAUGGCGAGGAAGUUUCCGCACAAGACUGGUAUUGAGAAGGAGAUGAAGGAGUGCCUGGCAGACGCUGGGCUCUUGAUAUCGUUUGACAAGAACGGCACCAUGGUCCUGACACGAUCUGUGGAGGUUGUCAAACUACCCGCUGAUGGUUAUAAAGAGUUUGAUGAAAGUAUCACCAUCGUCGAGAAAGAUUCUAUGAUGACUGACAACAGCGCUUCCGAUCAGCAUGCUCAACAGAAUGUUAAGAAAGAUGAAGACGUUCAGAUGUCUGUUUAA